AUGCUCCAACUAGCCAUUGGCGUUCACACCUACGACUGUCUCACCGAUGACUUCUUUGCUCUACGGGUGUUCCUCUUACUUGUCUUUAGCGACAUUCCAGCGAUCUCGAUAAUUAUGCGCAUGAAGGGGCACAACGCCCUCGUGCCAUGCCAGAUGUGCAAUAUCCAUGGUAUCCGAAUACCAGACUCCCGGAAUCUGAUCCAUUACGUCCCCCUUGAUCGCAGCCACCAUCCUGACGUCCGGUCAUAUCCUGACACUGUGCAGGUGUACGAUCCCCUUUCUCUUCCCCUUCGGUCUCAUGCGCAGAUUCUCUCUCAAGCACGAGAAGUUCAAUCAGCCCUCACAGGUGCUGAAGCGGAGCGUCUUGCCAAGCAGUACGGCAUUAAAGGUCUUCCCCUCCUCAGCGCCCUAGACUCCCUCUCAUUUCCUGCCUCCUUUCCAUACGAUUUCAUGCACCUCAUCUUUGAAAACGUCAUAAAGAACCUGAUGAACCUUUGGAGUGGGAACUACAAGGAUCUCGAUGAUGGUCUUGAGAAUUACGAGCUCAAAUCGGCAAUCUGGGAGGAUAUCAGCGCCGCAAGCGAGGAGUCAGGUUUGUACAUCCCAUAUGUGUAUGGCCUCCGCCCACCCAAUGUCGCAAGCGAUAAGACGUCCUGGACAGCAGACACACGAUCAUUCUGGAUGCAAUACAUUGGACCUGUACUCCUCAAAGGGCGAUUUGCGCAGCCUAAGUAUUAUGAACAUUACCUCUUAUUCGUCCACCUGGUUCGAAAAUGUCUCCAGUGGGAAGUUUCGUCAGCAGAUGUCCAGUACAUCCGGGAGGGGUUCGCACAAUGGGUGACAACCUAUGAACAGUGCGUGUAUUAA